CCGGAGAAGACUACGCCUUUCAGCACUGUUGGUACAGUCGUGGGAGCGAUUAUUGGUGGAGUCCUGGUCAUUCUGCUGUGUCUAGCGCUCCUCUUGCACAAGCAGAAAAGGUCUGGCUCUCAUUCAAUCAUUUCAGGGUACAGAUUACUAAAACCUCUGGCCCGUGUUGGAUCUGUUGGCGCCAUGCAUAUGAGGAAAAUGUCCAAGAAUAUUAGCCUUGAAAGGAGAAGUACAGCGGCACACAGUACAUACUCCAUAAUGGAGUAUGGGACGGAUCCCGAACUUCACGGCAAGCACGACAGCCAUCGAGUGAUGGCAGCCCUAGGAAGCACUGCAGUGCUUCCAAAGCUUUACCACAAAUCUGAUGAUGUCCACAAUGAUUAUGAGGACGAAGAAGAUCAGAGUGGUAAAGUGGUAUGGAAGAAGAAUGAUACUCCAGUGGAGAAUCUGAAUGAUGCCCGUCUGGCUGUUCUCUCCAAUGGUGAUCUAAGUAUUGACAAUGCUGUUGUCGAGGAUUCUGGUACCUACUCUUGGAGUGAAGUGGACAAGACACAGUCGCAAGCUGAUGUGCACAGUAUCAUUUUGACUGUUGAGCCAAUGGUUCUACCAGGAUAUUUGACUAAUUUGAAUGAAGAACUAGAGGCCGACCGAACGUAUUAUGAGACAGUUCAAAAGGAUGCACUGCGUGGAUUGGAAGCUGCAAACAGUCCGGCGGCUUUAUCUGGUCAAGCCCCCACACAAACUGUUGCCGAUGCAACUCUAGAUAUAUAUGACGAUGUGGCUUUCGAACCCUCCUUUAAUCCUGAUGGGUCUAUUCCUAUCAAAUCUAAACCUGCAGGACUACUACCAGUGGGUUCAAGAAUCACUCCUUAGAGACCUGACAAGCAUCGAACGGUGCUUAGAAGAUGGCCUGCGAACCCCUCUCACAUACAAGCUGCGACCAGAGCAUUGCUAGUCUGUGAAUACAUUGUUCUUAGCGUGUUUUGCUUGCUUACGUUGAUCUAGUUUCAUUGCUUUCAUGUCUUCCUUUCCUCUUCAGUCUUCAUGCAUUAAAUGUGACCUUCGAUUCUCCUUCGAGCAAUACAUAUUAUGACUUGAUAUUAUGAUUUACAUGUUUCUGAUGAUCUGUUUGAAGUGCCUUUGUGUAUGGACUUGCAUAUUUUCCGUCUUGAUUUGCCGCUACAAUUUUCGAUUCAGAUAGUUCAGCGGCGCAUUAUUUUCCUUGAAGGAAUUUGAAAAGUGUGCCCAUGCUUUAUGAUUGUUCAUUAGUAUAGUUCGAUAGGUGUGAAAAGCGAUAUGAUUCUUUUUUGGUUUACGUCAGGUGUUUAUGCACAUCAACAUCAAGUUUGUUUGCCAGUCUAAACAGAGUUAUGUAUUCUGGUCUCGUCGGAAUAGUAGAGUUGUCGUUUUCCUCUUGUUUCCGUGCAAUUAUUGUAAUUGAUGAGAUUUACUAUUUAGGAUACUUAAUACGUCGUUAUCUUUUCAUGCUGCUGUCACUGGAGGGUUUCUUCCAAAACCAGUUA